AAGGUACGUUUCGUUUUGCCGUUAAAAAUGUUGAUUUUUCAGGAGACAGGCGUAUUUUAGACUGUAAUGAAUUUAAUUUCAAGAUUUCGUCAUAUUGCAAUUUAACAUUUAUGUGAAUGACAAGCGCGGGCAAGAGAGCGCUGAAGGUCACCGGAAUCAGCUGACGUCAUGGUGUCCGCCAUUACUGUGAGUUUCUUCACGAGAUCAGCUGUGAGACGUCAUGAAAAUUGAAAAUUAUUUCGAUUUGAUGUUUAUCGCACCGAAGUUACGACUUCAGAUGCACUGUUUACUGUAGGAGAAGAAUUUUGAGAAGUUCUUGAAUCUUAACUAACUGGGCGAGGAUAGUCACAAUGGAGGCUAGUGGAGGCACAGAGCAACCAUCAAGCCUUCAGUCCAUCUGUCAUGUGCGGGCAUGCGAGGUGUUUCCUAAAGCCCUUUUGGAAACAGAAGAUGAGUGUUUGAAGACACCAUUUAUGCCUUUGCCAGGAGAAGCAGUGUCUUAUUUGGGGAGAACCACUGACGGAGUUUUAGCGUUAUCUAACUAUAGAAUGUUUGUUCAGCGACAAGAUGGAGCCCAUCAAAAUGUUCCAUUGGGUUUGGUGGAAACCAUGGAAGUGCGAGACAUUUUCCAUUUGCAUGUAUUCUGCAAAGAUGCUAGAUCUCUCAGAUUAACUUUCUCUACGGGUGAAUUGUGUAUGGAGUGGUUACGGCGCUUGCAUACAGCUACAGCCCCUCCCCAAUCAAUGGAGGAGAUGUUUGCGUUUGCAUUUUUUGCAUGGUCGAGCGAAGAAGGGAGUGAGGAGGCUUUGGCCAGGCUGGGUGGUGGCUCCACCUGCCACAGGGCCAAUGAAGAGGCUGACGUUUUCCGAUCUGAAUUGGAGCGGCUGGGCUUUGAUGUGCAUUGUGCAUGGCGAGUGUCCACAGCAAAUACUGAUCAUCGCCUUUGUCCUUCCUACCCAAGACGGUUAUUGGUUCCUGCUUGUGUAUCGGAUGAGACACUGGAAGGAGCUGCACGUUUUCGAUCCGCUAGGCGCUUACCUGUUGUGGUAUGGAGACAUAGAGGUAAUGGAGCUGUAAUUGCUCGGUGUUCACAACCAGAGGUUGGAUGGUUGGGUUGGCGUUCCUCUGAAGAUGAAGAUCUUCUGAAGGCCAUUGCAGAUGCUUGUGCAUUUGAUCGAGGGUCCAGAACUAUGAUGGAGCCACUGCCCACAGACUGUACUGAAUAUCCUGCCAAUGUAAAUGAAUUGAGUCCUGCCUUGGGUGAUCCUGUGUCCACUUCUUCAAACUCAAUGCAACACGAAAAUAAGAAAGUGCUGAUCAUGGAUGCUCGAUCAUACACAACAGCUGUUGCGAACAGAGCCCGGGGAGGGGGUUGUGAGUGUCAGGAAUACUACCCCAGUUGCGACAUUACCUUCAUGUCACUGGCCAACAUCCACAGUGUGCGCAAGAGUUUCCAUGCAGUGCGACAACUCUGUGCUGCUGCUCCAGAUACACCAAAUUGGCUGUCGUUGCUCGAGGGGAGUCGGUGGCUGCAUCACAUGGCAGGUCUGAUGCGGGCGGCAGUGGCUGUGGCAUCAGCAGUGGCUCGGGAAGGUCGGCCAGUGUUAGUCCACUGCUCAGACGGCUGGGACCGCACGCCUCAGAUCGUCGCCCUGGCGGAGCUGCUGCUCGAUCCACACUACCGCACCAUUGAGGGUUUUGAGGUUCUAGUGGAAAGAGAGUGGUUGUCGUUUGGGCAUAAAUUUGGUGAUCGAUGUGGCGGACAGUCGGUUGGUGCUGAUGACCCCAAUGAACGUUGCCCUGUGUUUCUGCAGUGGUUAGAUUGUGUACAUCAAGUAGCAUUGCAGUUUCCAACUGCAUUUGAGUUUGCCCCUGCAUUCCUUGUAAGACUGGCACGCCAUACAUACUCUCGUCUGUUUGGCACUUUCCUGUGUAACUCAGCAAGAGAAAGAGCCCACUUGAGGGUACAUGAACGUACAUUCAGUGUCUGGGCAUUCUUACGCUCAGCACCACAUGCUUUUAGGAAUCAUUUGUACACACCUCAUGAACAGCAGCAAGAGUCAGAAGCCCGAUUCUUGUCAUUAGGUCAAGGGAAGGACCUGGAGCUCUGUGUUCAAUCCUGGGAAGAAGGUGAACUGUGUGUUAGAAUGUGGCUGCGGUUGCAGGUGCUGUGGCCCGCGUGCCAUGUGCGAGAUCUGAUCCUCUGGAGCGACGUGUACCUGGGCCUUGGAGAAGCCCCUCCGCCUAGUCUUGCCCCGGCUCCAGCGCCGGGGCCCCCUCAGUCCCCACAAGCCACUCUCACAGUGGCACCGCCGGUUCCUCCUGCCGGAGUUCUUGGGAAGACCCGCUCCUGCGACAAUUUGCUUGUAGACCUUCCUCCACCCCAACAGAGGCGCUGCUCUGACCCCAGCCUGGCUCUGGACAGUGUGUUACAAGGACUGGCCCUCACGGAACCAGCUGCUGGAGAUGUUUCACCCCGGUCCUCUGCUUCUUCUGACGGAAUGAUGUCUGAUGAGGACCACGAUGAGGAGAGUCUAACAACCAGGGCAGACAUUACAGUUGCUGGCGACAGCUCUACAGACACUCUGGUUCCAUCAACUAUUCCACCUCCUGAAGUGGAAGAGCCGGUGAUAAGAGGAAUAGGAGCCCAAAGUGGAAGCUCCGAUUCACGCUAUUCCACUCCCCCUCCGUACCUCCGAACACCAAGCACCACUGCAACAACACCUCCAGGUCCUUGUGAUUCUAUGAGAAUUGGAAGCAAUAUGACUGGCUUAGACCUUGAUGGGUUGGCCCCUCUACGGUCGGAUGUGCAGUUACGUUUGAGGCAAAUUCUUGCAGAACAUAGAGCACGUGAGGAAGCCUUGCAGAGAGAGUUGCACACCACACGCUUAGCACUGGUCCAGCAAGUUUGCCAUCACUGCAAUCAUGGUGGAGGAGAACGACCUGAUGAUGCGGGUUCGUUGGCAGAGUCGGUGUGUAGUGGAGAGCAGCCUUCCGCUGGGGAGUCUCUUCCUACGUCAGAUGUGAGCUGGGAGGCACUGGAGGAGCGUGAAGCUGGCGGGGGGGGGCCCACCCUGUGGGUGCCUGACCACGCUGCUGCGAGAUGCAUGGGCUGUGGAACAGAAUUUUGGCUUGGUCGGCGAAGACACCAUUGCAGGAACUGCGGCAAAGUGUUCUGCGCCGACUGCUCAGAGAACGCACUCCCUGUGCCCCGCGAGCAGUUGUACGAGCCUGUGCGGGUGUGUGCAUCCUGCUUCUCGCUGCUGCACCACGACCCUCGCAUCACAGCCGCCGCUGCCCCACGACUUAUGGCACCUGUGGUACCCGAUCUGUGCAAACAGUUGGCGCCGUCCCCUGCAGCAGCUGCUGUUGUUGUGGCUGCAGCGGGUGUGGGACACAAGAGCGCUGCAGUAGUGACAGCCGCUUCCACAUGAAUGCAGAACGAGAGUACCACGGCCCAGUCUUCCUGCACUUCUGGGUUAUUUAUUUUCAAAUAUGUCAAGUUUGUUGUAACAAACAACCCCUCCACACAGUUUGCAGUUUUGCCUGGCAAGGCCUGAAGGAGCAGAUCUCUUCUGAAACUAGACAUAUUGAUGUGCAUUGAUUGCAAUGUGUUUUUUGUAUUUGUGCUGCAACCAAUGUUUUGCAGCACGUAGAGUAAAAUUCAUAUACUCUUGUCCAUUGACGAGUGUUUUUUGCUGCUAACCAAAGGCUCUUUCAGGUCCCUUAUUGUGGUAAGCCUGCAUGUUGUUGGUUCGUGUCAGACACGCAUGAGUUUCUGCUGCAGAUAUGAGGAGACAAAGUACACCCAGUGUUAGGUCUUCUCUUUGCUUUUGGAUUCCCAUGAAGUGUGCAGCCUAAAAUCUCAACCAACCUAGCUUAACUAGCAGCUAGUAAAACUAGAAAUUACUUGUGUUGGAGUAUAUGGCUACACUUCCAGGCAUACAUCUACCAAUCUAUGAAGAAUUGCAUGACAGACAUGUUAACGGAGAGGUUUCUAAAGUUGAAUGCUUUUUGAGUGUGGCAGAUACUAAUGUAUUAAAGUGAGAAGCAGUGUGCAGUCAUGGUAAUGUGAUAGGGGAAAUGAGAGUGUAAAAUCACUAAAAUCUUCACUGAAGAGUCACUUGUAUACUUGGUCCCCAUUCAUUCUUGAAUCCCAGGUUUGUCAUUUAUACACAUAGAUGCUUGAAAUAAACUUGAGAUUGAUGUAUAUAACACUACAUAAGUGGGUAUUUUUUCUCACUUCAGUGUGAACAUAUAGUAGAGGCUGAUGCCAUCCCAAAGAUCUUAAAACAGUCCUUUGACCUUCUCCAGUUUCCUCUUUAUCCUAUGAACACUGCUCUCAACAACUGUAUGGGAUACUAUGAGAAUCACUUGCUACAAGUGCAGAUCCUCUGAAAUGAUUAUACUCAAAUUAGUAUGGCUUUAAGACUGUUUAUUCAGAUUUAGUGUACAAUGUCUUGUAAACUGUAUAAAAUAAACACAUAAGAUUU